GCUCAAAUAACCCGACAAAACCACCAACUCUCUCUCUCACCCAGUCCCCGAUUUCGAGCUCCGACGCCAUGUCUCCCCUCCCCCUCCUCCUCCUCCUCUUGCUUUCGUUUUUCAGCGCGAGCCAAGCUCGCUCAGGCCCAAUGCAGGUUGCUUCCGCCGCCCCAGCCGCCGAUGCCAGUCCGUUCACUCCCAAGGCGUACCUCGUCCGCUACUGGAACCGGCACGUGGCCAACGACCUCCCCAAACCGCCCUUCCUCCUGUCCAAGGCCUCGCCCCUGACCGCUGCGGACGCGGUGGCGUUCGCCAAGCUCGCCGCCCGAGGCGCUAUCUCCGCCCACCUCCCGUCCUUCUGCACCGCCGCACGGCUGCUUUGCUUCCCGGAGCUGCCAUCAGCCACCCGGGAGAGGCACGACCGGGACUCUGAUUUCGCCACCUACUCCAACAAGAACUUCACCACCUACGGCGCCAGCCGGGCCGGCGGGCACGACUCGUUCAAGGGCUACGCCGUCGACCAGAACCUACCCGUCAGCUCGUUCCACCAGUACAGCCGCGGCUCGAUAACUCACCGCGAUGAGUUCUCUGUCUACGCAGCUGAAGGAAACGUGGCAGACCAGAGCUUCAACAGCUAUGGAGCCGGCUCCACCGGUGGCCACGGCGGGUUCGUUGAGUACAACAAAGACGUCAACAUAGCCAAUCUCAAAUUCAACAACUAUGGCUCCAGCGGGGAAGGACGAUCGCAUUCCUUCACCGGUUACACCGAGGCGACCAAUGCGGGGGACGAGACGUUUGCCACGUACGGCAAGGGCGGAAACAGAGCUCCAAACGAGUUCACGGCCUACGCAACUGAGUCCAACCACGUGGGAUCUGGGUUUAGCGGCUACAGCCAAGGCGGUGAUGGCGCGAACAACAGCUUCACGAGUUACGGCGUCGGUGGGAACAACCCCCAGAACAGCUUCAAGAGCUACGACAAUGGCGGCAACGGUGCGGUCGAGAGCUUCAAGACGUACCGGGAGAGAGCCAACUCGGGGGACGACUCAUUCACUUCGUACGCCAAGGGCUCGAACCCGGCGGAGGUCAACUUCGCCAACUACGGCAAGUCUUUCAACGAGGGGACCGAUAAGUUCACUGGGUAUGGCGGAGGAGCUCCAGCGCAGGCCGUAGGGUUCAAGGUCUACGGCGUCAACAACACCUUCAAGGCCUAUGGUAAGAAUGCGGUUGCCACCUUCUCUAGCUACACGAACAGAACAACAUCGGCAAUCGCGGCCGUGGAUGGGAAGAACGUAAACACCUGGGUGGAGCCAGGUAAAUUCUUCCGGGAGUCGAUGCUGAAGACGGGGACGGUGAUGCCAAUGCCCGACAUUCGGGACAAAAUGCCUAGAAGAUCAUUUUUGCCGCGGAGCAUCGCGUCCAAGUUACCCUUCUCGACCGCAAAGUUCGACGAGCUCAAGCAAAUCUUCCACGCCGGAGAGAAUUCUACCAUGGAGAAGAUCAUGGCGGACGCGCUCGGAGAGUGCGAGAGAGUGCCGAGCCGCGGCGAGUCCAAGCAGUGUGUGUCCUCCAUUGAGGAUAUGAUCGAUUUCGCCACGUCGAUCCUAGGACGCGACGUGGCAGUUCGGUCCACGGAAAGCAUUGAAGGUUCGAACCGCGAGAUCCUAAUCGGACAAGUCAAAGGGAUCAACGGCGGCAGAGUAACCAAGUCCGUGUCAUGCCACCAGAGCCUGUUUCCUUAUUUGCUCUAUUACUGCCAUUCGGUUCCCAAGGUCCGGGUCUAUGAAGCGGAUAUACUGGAUCCGAAGCUCAAGACCAAGAUCAACCACGGCGUCGCCAUCUGCCAUCUCGACACGUCAGCUUGGAGCGCGAACCAUGGCGCUUUCCUUGCGCUAGGGUCAAGUCCGGGACAGAUCGAGGUCUGUCAUUGGAUUUUCGAGAACGACAUGAACUGGGCAAUAGCCGACUAGCAUCGAAGCCGCAAGCCCAAGCAGUUAGGAAUCAAGCCGUUUGGGGUUCGACCCAAUGGCAAAGGCAAAGGCAAAAUUUUGCCGCCACCUCGAACCCGAGUUAGAUUAUCAUAGAUUACAGAUCAUAGUGAUGACUUCUCUUUAGACUUUCAUAUUGCAGAUAUAUCUUAUGGUUUAAUGGUAAA